AUGCUGUCCAAUGCCAUUCGCCAAGCCGACGACGCGGCCUUCGACGCGGUUCUCGAUGGAACCAAUGAGUCGCAAGACACCCUGCUGAUUGCACGUCGCCUCAUGCUGGAUUAUGGUGUUGCCCUACAUAGCAGUCCCACUGCCGAGGACGAUACCACUUCUCCCUCUUGUCCACCGCAGAAGGGAGAUAGUGCCGACAACGAAGGCACUGACCCGGUUCAUCCUCCACUUCAGGAAACGACGCGGGGCACGCGUGCUGAGGAAACGGCACAGAUUCACGAUUCUUUUUCCCUCCCGGAAACCCAAAACGCCAACAUCCUAGGCAACCAGCGGCCGGCGGAGACCCGCAAAAAUUGGGAUGUGGCGAUCGAAAAUGGUGUUGUGGGCGAUUUGAACCUCCCCGACUCCCUUCCCCUCUCGGCCGAGAUCGAUAGCACAUCGCGAAGGAAGAUGGAUUCAACACAGGCAUCCACCCAGCCCAACGCGGGCCGCAGCUACGACCAAUAUCGCCGCCCAUCAUCGCAAGACCGCACCUCGCCUUUCCCUGAGCCCGUCCGAAGUACUUCGUUAGCUCGCAAUGGAGUUGGUAACGUCCACAAUGAAGAAGAGGAACAGCGGGAGGAGGAGUAUGACGACGACGUUGGCAUCCGAUUUGACUUCACCAACAUCACGGACACCGGUAAGGCAGGGUUCGUGGGCCAAGAUGAUUCCGGCUACGUGGACUUGGGUAGUCUUAUCAACAGCCGACAUCCAGAGCCCCAGAAGGCAACACAAUCUCCAAUCCAGCACUGGCCAGAAACCCCGGGCCCGCCGCAAAAUCCAUUCCGGAACAGCCGCUCCGAACUUCUCUCGAUGUCACAGCUGUUUCGCGGCACGCAGUUCUCAUCACCCGUUAAACUUGCUAGUCCCACGUCAUCGCGGCCUUCGCCUGCCGAGUUUCCGGGAAACUCGAUCUCCUCGAACCCGGCUAUUUCAUCCCCACUGAAAGCUCGUGGUCUCCGUUCCUCGCCCGGGGUCGCCAUCACAUCUAGCCCCGAGACCCCCGUUGUACCCGAAUCUUCGCACGAUGAGCCCGGUCGUAAACGAUCGGUUCCCGAGCCUAUGGCAACAUACGAGCCCAUGCAUAAGUCACAGGAACGGCGUUCUAUUUUUACGGCGCAAACCAAGCGUGCCGGCUCUGGAGAUGAACUAGAUUCACCGGACUCCAUGUCGAGGCGCAGACGAGCGUUACAGAAGAAAGAAGCAGCUUUAAGGCACCUAGAUGCCAUCAGUUUUCCGCGUCCGAUCAAAUAUGGCGACGUCGAAGUACCCUCAACAAGUCAACGCCUGCGAGAAAGUCAGACCGAUGCAGCUGUUGUCCAAAGGCAAGCGGAUGAAGCGGUUGUUGAUGACCUGGAUAACCCCGAUAACCUCGGUACUGUAGAGGAGCCCCAAGAUCGCCGUCCGAAAUCCACGCAAAUUCGCCCCAUUGUUGGCGAUGACUCGACACAGUCCGACCCGCAGGAGGAGGAGGUACCAACCAUCGCGCAGACGUCUACAGCUGCCCCCGAGCCUCCACAUCCGUCGACCAACUCAGCCCCCGGGCCAGACCAGGGGCCAGGCAACGGAGUAGCACACGAAGAUACGAUUCUGGAGACAAGUCCAACCAGCAAAAGAGUUGAUCCUUCGCUGGGCCCUCCCCCAUCUAACGACCCAUAUCAGUUUGAGGACAAGUCCACGCCAAACUUUCAGUCUUCUCCUCCGGCCAUCAGCACAAGAGCCCAGAAGCGAAAACCGACAAGGGGCCGCCCACGAGUGCUAAGCUCAUCAUCAUCACCACUUAGUAAUCUGGGUUCGACCCCUUCCCACGAGACAAGUGAUGCAUCCGGGAUUGCAAAAUCCGUUCCGCCGGGCUCUCCGACCGAGUCAACGAUUGUCGCCAGCUCUUCGCCUAUCCUUGCUCAGUCGAAGCGUCGCGGUGGGCAUGAGAGGUUGCCCAAACUCAAAACUGUAUCCAGUGAAAGCCUUAGGCAGUCGCGAAGGAGGAACAGACGGGAUUCCAAUUCGACGGACGAGCUAACUCGGUCUUUAUCCGGGACGCCUACGUUCGAACAGAGCUUGCGUGUGUCCCGGCUGUCCAUACACCGGUCAGUCUCCAGGGCAGGCCGUGGAGCUACAAGGCCGUCGUCAACCCAGCGGGAGCAAAAGCUCUUUAAGAACAUGGCAUUCGCUAUUUCUUUCCAGGCAAGGAAGCCGGGCGAGACCAGCGACCAGUACAAUUCCCGAACCGAUUUCUCCGGCAUGGUCCAGAAACGCAUCCGACAAGCCGGAGGCCGAAUUCUCGAGAACGGCUUCGAUGAACUGUUCGAAGCUGUCUCCCUCGGCACCCCAACCAGCAGCCCGGUGUCGACGAAUUCAACAUCCGACCUCGAAGCUGAAAUCAGGCUCACCUCAGAAGGUCGCGUCACCGGCUUCACUGCGCUGAUCGCCGACGGCCACUCCCGCAAAGCCAAAUACAUGCAAGCCCUCGCCCUCGGACUACCCUGCAUCGCAGCCCGCUGGGUAACCACGUGUCUCGACCGAAACGAACUAGUCGACUGGACGCCCUACCUCCUAUGCGCAGGCCAAUCCGCCUUCCUCGGUGACGCCAUCCGCUCGCGAUGCCUGGCACCCUACGACGCAGCUACCGCCAGACUCGUGGAUGUCUUUGCCGCGCGAGAGAAACUGCUGGAAGGGAGCAGAAUCCUCGUGGUGGUGAAGAAGGCGCUGGAGGGGAAAAAAGUCGCUUAUGUCUUUUUGGCCCGUGUGCUCGGCGCGUCGUUGACGAGGGUGUACAACGUCGAGGCGGCCAAGACCGAGCUGAAGGCGGCAGAGGACGCCGGCCGGCCGUUUGACUGGGUGUAUGUGGAUGGCAAGGCUUAUGAGGAUGCACUCUUUGCAUAUAGUCCCGCGCCUAGGGCCGGCGGAACGGGCGGGGGUGGGAAGAGGAAGAGGGCGUCGGCGGCGGCGAGUUUUGCGACGGCUGAACCGCCGGUGAAGAGAGUGCGGACGCUAGGGGAGGAACUGGUGAUUCAGAGCCUUAUUUUGGGGCGGUUGAUUGGGGAGGGGGAGAUGGAUGAUUGA